ACUCAGCUGAUUUGUGACAGUUUCACCAUAACCAGUGAUAAAGGUCGGUCGUUUAAUUCAUUUUUAAACGCCGAGUCUGUGCCCUCGAUUCUCUUUGUGAUAAUAAUAAUCUUAAUUAAUACGAUGGAAGUGUUACAAUUAAAUAGCGUAGCGUACAACAUUAGCAAAGUGUACGAUUAUGAGGUUUAUGAAGACGAGUGCGAAUCAACGGAAGCCGCCGUUGGGGCGCUCUCGAAAUUGUUAGAAACUACGUUAAGAUCGGCUAAACAUAGUCACCUCUCCUGCGGGGAGGUCGUUUUACCUUCGGGACUUUUGGAAGAGAUUUCGAGGCAGAUUUAUAACGAAGCCGACUCUGAAUUGUAUGGACUUCGGGGGUGUACGCUCUAUUUGAACUUCGAAGGCGAAAAUGAAUGCCGGAAGUUAUCGACAAUCAAAUGUGAUCAAUCGACUGUUAGCACCUUUGAAUUAACACUAACUUUGAAGCAAUCAACAGCGGGGUGGAACUCAUUUUUAUCUCAAUUUAUAAAAAAGAUUACAAGAGGUGGAACUAUGAUGAUUAGCCCCGAUUUUAAGCUGGAAAAAAGGAAGCUUUACAGAUCAUACAAUGUAUGAGUUUCUUUAUUUUUCCAUUGAAGAAGACUGACAAGAAAUUAAUUUAAAAAUUGAAGAGAAAAUUAGGAGUUUUUUGUUAUUAUUAAUUUGUUAAAAAUGAAUAUUCAUAUCUCUAAAAACGAGUCGUGAUAGUAAACUUUAAGAAACGGGAGAGGAUGGGCAAAAUUUUUUUCUUUUUUAUUUUUACUUGUUAAAAAAAGAAAAAAAUUAGCCUCCGUUUUUUUUAAUAUUAUCUUAUUUGUGAUAUUAGAUUAGAUGAUCAGUAUAAAUUUAAAAAAUGGAGCAUUCGAUGGCUUCUUUAAACACAAACUUAAAAGAUUUGGGGAGGUUUUAGACAAAACGCCGUCUUAAAAUGGCCCCUUUAUAUAAAAAUUGAGUUUUAAACAUUAUUUUGAAAACAAUUUUAAGCGAAUUUUGGUGCCAAAUUGGCAUCGAGAUGUGUUUACGCAAUUGUAAAGGGGAAAAUAAUUCAUUUUGGCAAAACGAACUUGUUGUUUUGUGUAUAAAUAAUGUUCAAAACUUAAUUAAUUAAAAAUGAUUAACUUUGCGGUUAAUUUUUGCAGUAUUAAAAGAAGUUGUUGAUUUUUUAAGGCACCAAAAGGUUAGAUCUCAUCUAUUUAAAAAAAAAAAUGAUUAAAAAGUCUUUUUGUGUCUUGGACGAAUUAAUUAAAAGAAAAUAAGUGAGGAGAAGUGGCUGUAGUUAUUUUUUUUUGUAAUAAUCGCGUUUUUAAGUGUAUUUAGUCGAUUGAUUUGUGUAAAACUCAAAAUUAUUUAAGCGGAUCAAAAAUUAAAUUAAAUCGAUUUUUUUUUUGUUUUGAGUUUUGCAAAAGUGUGAUAAAGUACACAGAAAAUGAUCUGUUUUUCUUUUUAUAAUGAAAUAAUUUAAUAACCCUUAAUUAGCCGCUUAAGCCGUGGACGUUGCGACCAAUUAAGAGUUAAUAAAUAAAAUGUUAAAAUAAAAAAACUUUGUAAUAAAAAAAAAAUAAACUUUUUAUAUCUUCUAAA